GUGUGAUUAUAGUCAGAGUCAGUCAAAGAUGAUAGCUGGUACGGUGCUUGGUGACUGGUAGUGUGAUAGCGAUAGUAGUAUGAUAGUUGCGUCUUGAAACUUGAAACGCCUCUCGUUGUGAGAAAAAAUAAAAAGGAGAAAGUAGUGCUUCGCCUUGCCCGUAACACUGAUAGUACACCGUGCGAUGCAAUUAAAAUUUACAUGAAUGGAAUGCGUUACUGUCAUGUAGCGCAUACAAUGACGUAUAGACGUCAAGAGCACGCCAAGUACUUUUUUUUUUUUCACUGUUAUCAUGGGUUCCAGAUUGAGAGACAAUGUGCAAGUUCUUUUUGAAUGCUUCUGCGAAGUAGCAGCACCGCUAGGAGAAAAUCCACCCUGGAUACUCCAAAAGUAUCCUAGCUCUUUUUUGGAUGACAAAAUACUCAAGUCCAUCCCCCAAUUUGCGUAUCCUUGCGAACUAGAGAAUUUGCCGGUGCAGCAUUUCUCAUUUGUAUUCACCAGUAUAGAUUCGAAAUGGACGUUUGGAUUCUGUCGGCACGAUCCCAAGACGGACACGGCAUUAGUAAUUUUGAGCGCGUUACCAUGGCAUGAAACGUUUUACAAGCUGUUGAACAAUGUUGCAACUCUAAUGAGUAAUGGUACAGGAGAAGAUGUUUGGAAAUUUCUUGAAACUGUAUAUAAAAGUACAGUUCCCCUACCCGGUAGUUCCAUAUCUAUUCCAGUUCCAAAUUCUAAAGUGUAUUUUGUUUGUCAAAGUCCGAAACAAUUUCAACUACCAAGUAUACCAGAAAAUAGAAACUUAACGGAAUAUUAUAGCGCUGUUGAUGCUCACAAUAUGAUGAUAAUAUUCGCUAGUAUGUUAUACGAGCGACGAAUUAUUUUCACUUCGAAACGUCUUUCAAGAUUAAGCGCUUGCGUUCAAGCGUGUAAUGCUUUAAUUUAUCCAAUGAUUUGGCAACAUAUAUAUAUCCCAGUUUUGCCAUUAUCUUUAAUAGAAUAUUUAUCGGCACCCAUGCCGUUUUUAAUCGGGGUACCAGCACCAACGCUUCAGAGAGUACGUAAAAACGAUUUAGGAGACGUAGUUAUUUUGGACGCCGAUAACAAUACCAUAGAAUCUCCCUUUCAGGACUUGGAGUCUCUACCUCAGGACGUAGUAACCAAUUUGAAAAAGGGACUCCGUAACAGACCUGCGCUCCUCGGAGACGGUGUAUCGAGGGCAUUCUUGCAAGCAUUGGUGCAGUUAACUGCUGGCUAUAGGGAUGCGUUAACUAUAGAGCAAGGGAAAAGCAUCACUUUCGAUGAUAACGCAUUCGUGGAAAGCAGACCAUCUUCCAUGCAACCUUUUUUACGAAAAAUGUUGGAGUUGCAAAUAUUUCGACAAUUUAUAGAGGAAAGACUGAACAUGUUUAAUUCCGGGCUUGGCUUUUCGGAUGAAUUCGAAAUGGAAGCUUGCAGCUAUUCCGCUAAAUCUAGUAGUAAGUUUAUGCAACAGUAUCGAGAAUGGACGUACGCCAUGCGAAAAGAAAGUUCUGCAUUUUUCCGCAGCGUAAAAGACAAGGCCAAUCCAGCAGUAAAGUACGCAGUUAAAUCAGUAAAAGACAAGGGAAAGGACAUGAAAACAGCAUACAAGGGUCUAAAAUGGAAAGGUCGGUCAAACAGAAGCGAAACCAGCAUGAGGUUUCACCAACCAAGAUCUGCGCCCAGUUCGCCAACGUCGGAUAGAAGACCCAUCGACUUCGCGUCUCCGCCAAAAUCGCCAAAUGGUUUCACAGCGACUACUAGUUACAGGAAAGAUCUUCGAAUACGUAAUAGCAAUUUCACGGAUUCAAGCAGGAAGCAAUAUUCGCCGUUGAGCCCUAGUUCUCCUGAAGAAUCUGAUUCUCCGCCGGAACGGGUAAACAUUGACCUUAUGCAAGAACUUCGCCAUGUGAUAUUUCCAAAUACACCUCCUGUUGAUAGAACAUUGAAACCAGUACGCAGUUUAGACAGCUUGAGACCUGCAUGGAAUGGGCACAUGCGGCACGGCCCUCCACCUAGUACAGUUAUCGCAAACCCGAUUUACAUGUCUUCCGUAAAACCAUCGUCCCACCAAAUUCCACAUUCCACUAGUUCGUUCGAUUCUUUAAAUCCAGAAACGAAUAAAGCUGAAGAAGAAAUCAACAAACCAUCGUUGUCGCCUGUUUUGAAAAAAAACUCAGGCAACGAACAGUCGAGUGAUGUCUUACACGAUCUUCGGGUUAACGAGUUUAUAAAACGUAGUUAUUACGCAUCUUUCAAUCCGCAGCAAUCGAAUGCUAAGACACGUAAAAAUAAUUUAGAAAAUUACUCCAAACGCGUUAAAUUUUACGCCGACGAUGCUUUUACAAAUUACGAUUCGGAGGAGGAUGACCAUUCGUUCGACGCGUGUUUGAAAAGUAUAGAUCCCGAUACCCAUCCGAAAGAGAACGAUCCCUUCGAUACCAGCAAAGUGUUUACGCCUUCCUAUUUGCAACCAUCAAUUUUUCAUGAUCCAAACGCAUCGUUGUCUGUUAAUUUUCAUGCUGCAUCCCAUGCAUUCAGUAGUACAUCCUAUUCUGCACUUCCAAAGAACUCUCCAGAAGUGCCAGAUUUAAUUAGAUUAGACUCGACGACAAGCAGCGACGACUUUGACCCGCUGCUUUCCAGAUCCUCGGAAGUGACGAGUUCCAAACAGAUGACUCAGUCGUUGCAUAUACCGGAAAUGGGCGAGGGCCUUAGCAAUCCGUUGUAUCCGUACUUCCAACCUUCGCACAAAAAUACCGAUAACCCACAAAAAUCUUCUGAUAACUUCGGCGACCUGGAUUUGUUGCAAGCCUACGGCUUGGACUUUAAUAAAUUUAGCAUAAGUAACGGCGAUUCGCCGACGAGAAACUCCACAGUAUGCAACGCAUCCAAUAACAGUAUUAGCAACGUCGAUAACACGUUUAGUUUAACGUUGAACGCGCCUGCCAUUAAAUCGCAAAACAAUUGGACGAAAUUCGAAUAGUUCAUUAAACAAAUUCACGUUCACAUAUCACGAUUGUACAUAUAACGUUAGUAUCGCUUUUUUGUUUUAUUGUUAUUCGUGUAAGGAUAAGCGCAUCGUUGAACGCCUACAGAAAAUCAGUUGUUAACAAGUGUCGCGGAGGAACGGUGAAUAGAAUUAACGUUAAUCGUAAUAUCGUAACCAUUCGCAAAACGCAAUAUAAUGGUUUUGCUCUGUAGCACAAUUAUAACACUUGCGUUCUCGAAUACUUUUUCUAUCGAGAACAGAUCGUGUCGAAUUCGCAACACUUUUAAACGUCCAUUUACGCCUGGUUUCGAGCAAUUUCCAAAUCGCCGUAUCUUCCAAAGUAAAUCGUAAAUAUCGCGUACAAAGUUUGUUUCCAUCGACGCAUCCAGUUGCGAAUAUUGUAAUUAUCGUAAAACAACAUGAUACGAGAUAUUAGUCGAGAAGUGACAUUCUUAAAAAAAAAAAAUAUAUAUAUAUAUAUAUAUAUAUGAUUUAAUAUUAU